AUGCUUGGAUUCCUCCCAAAUCCUGGCUCCACUAGCACUGGGAUCCCCUGCCACCAGCAGCUACGGGCCAGGGCCUGCCUGCAGAAGACUGUGGUCAUCCUGUGGCUACUGCUGUCCAGCACCUCCCUGACCCCCACAUGGGGUCAGACCAAGAUUCCUCUGGAAACGGUGAAGCUGUGGGCAGAUACCUUUGGCAGUGACUUGUACAACACCAUCACCAAAUACUCGGGCUCCCUCUUGCUGCAGAAGAAAUACAAGGAUGCAGAACCGAGUCUGAAGAUCAAGGAGGUGGAUGGCCUGGAGCUGGUGAGGAAGUUCUCCGCGGACAUGGAGAACAUGCUGCGGAGGAAAGUGGAGGCCGUCAAGAGUCUCGUGGAGGCUGCUGAGGAGGCUGACCUGAAUCACGAAUUCAAUGCAUCCCUGGUGUUUGACUACUACAACUCAGUCCUGAUCAAUGAGAAAGAUGAGAAAGGCAACUUUGUGGAGCUGGGCGCCGAGUUCAUCCUGGAGUCCAAUGCACACUUCAGCAACCUGAGAGUGAACACCUCCAUCAGCAGUGUGCAGCUGCCCACCAACGUGUACAACAAAGAUCCAGACAUUUUAAAUGGAGUCUACAUGUCUGAGGCAUUGAACCCUGUUUUUGUGGAGAACUUCCAAAGAGACCCUACACUGACCUGGCAAUAUUUUGGCAGCUCAACUGGAUUCUUCAGGAUCUAUCCAGGUAUAAAAUGGACACCUGAUAAGAAUGGAGUCGUUGCCUUUGACUGCCGGGACCGCGGCUGGUACAUACAAGCAGCUACUUCUCCCAAGGACAUAGUGAUUUUGGUUGACAUGAGCGGCAGCAUGAAGGGGCUGAGGAUGGCUAUUGCCAAGCACACCAUCACCACCAUCUUGGACACCCUGGGAGAGAAUGACUUCAUCAACAUCAUUGCGUACAAUGACUAUGUCCAUUACAUCGAGCCCUGUUUUAAAGGCAUCCUUGUCCAGGCAGAUCGAGACAACCGAGAGCAUCUCAAACAGCUGGUGCAUGAGUUGGUGGUCAAAGGUGUGGGGGUCGUGGACCAAGCCCUGACCGAGGCCUUCCAGAUCCUGAAACAGUUCCAAGAGGCUGGGAGAGGAAGUCUCUGCAACCAGGCCAUCAUGCUGAUCACGGAUGGGGCGGUGGAGGACUACAAGCCAGUGCUUGAGAAGUACAACUUGCCAGACCGCAAGGUCCGAGUCUUCACUUACCUUAUUGGGAGAGAAGUGACUUUUGCUGACCGCCUCAAGUGGAUCGCCUGCAACAACCAAGGCUACUACACACAGAUCUCCACACUGGCUGAUGCCCAGGAGAAUGUGAUGGAAUACCUGCAUGUGCUCAGCAGGCCCAUGGUCAUCCACCAUGACCACGACGUCAUCUGGACAGAAGCCUACAUGGACAGCAAGCUCCUUUCCUCAAAGGCACAGAGCUCGAUGCUCCUCACCACUGUGGCCAUGCCUGUCUUCAGCAAAAAGAAUGAAACGCGAUCUCAUGGCAUUCUCUUGGGUGUGGUGGGCUCUGAUGUGACCCUGAGAGAGCUGAUGAAGCUGGCACCCCGAUACAAGCUGCCAUCUUGAACCAUCGUGCAGCCACAAACCCCUUCCCCCCUGACUCUGGCAGCUUGGAGUACAUGGAUAUGCCUUCCUGAACACUAACAACGGCUACAUCCUCUUCCUUCCUGCCCACCCACUCCAGUACAGAGAGGGGAAGACACUAAAGCCCAAACCCAACUACAACAGUGUGGACCUCUCCGAAGUGGACUGAGAACAGCCAUGAUCAAUGGGGAAACAGGUUCUUUCUCUAUGGAUGUGAAGGUCCCUCUGGACAAAGGGAAACGAGUCCUUUUCCUGACCAAUGAUUACUUCUUCACGGACAUAAGUGACACACCUUUCAGCUUGGGCAUGGUGCUGUCCAGGGGCCAUGGGGAACGUAUCCUCCUGGGAAACACAUCUGUGGAAGAAGGCCUGCAUGACUUGCUUCACCCAGACCUGACCCUGGCCAGCGACUGGAUCUACUGCAUCACAGAUACUGACCCAGACCACAGGAAGCUCAGCCAGGUGGAGGCCAUAAUCCACUUCCUAACAGGGGAGGACCCAGACCUGGAAUGUGAUGAGGAGCUGGUGCGGGAGGUGCUGUUUGACGCAGUGGUGACCGCCCCUAUGGAAGCCUACUGGACAGCACUGGCUCUCAACAUCUCUGAGUACGUCCCAGGAGGGGCUGAGAGUUCCAGGGAGGAAAAACAGCUUGCUGCUCUGGCCUCCAGCAUCCCUUGGCUGAGUCAGGAGUCCUUCCAGCACUUGGCUGGCAGUGCAGGGGGUUCGGACAUCGAUGAUGAGGACAGGAGCAUGUAG